UCCCCAGGGGCCGCCCUGCCAGCCCAGGCUGGCCCAGCUCACCACACGUGCACCAUGAAGUACCCACUGGUGCCACUCGUCAGUGACUUCACGUUUUCUUUCCUGGUGUUCUGGCUCUGUCUUCCCGUGGGCUUGCUGCUGUUCUUACUGAUCGUCUGGUUGCGCUUCUUACUUAGCCAAGAUUCAGAAGAAAAUGACUCAGAUUUAUUAUGCUUGGAUUGGGAGCCAUGGAGCAAAGGCCCAGCCGAGUUUUGCUGGGAAGGGAAACUCCAUAGCCAAGAGGAGGAGAGGCCUGGCUGGUGA